AUGUUGCGUGCAAUACUAGAAGAUUUCGAUGCAUGUUUGUUAGAUCUAAAAUUGCAAAUUUCUGUUGACACCGAAAAGGAUAUGAGCGUUCUUGAUAAGGAUCUUGAACAGAUGAAGUUUUUGAUAAGAUUGGAUCGCGAAACCGAUGUAAAUGGUGAUCAAGAUUAUAAUGAAAAUUUUGUGGCGUCCCUGAGUACUGUGCAAGAACAAUUUAAAAUAACAGAAUCUGAGGUUAAAAAUUGUGUGAAUCCGAUGUUCCAAGUAAAUACAAUUCCAUUUGAAGAACUUGAAAAUCCCGGUGAAACUGAUGUGCCGCGCGGAAGUAUAAUAAAGAGAAGGUACAAGGGAAUGGAUGUAGCGUGUAAAAAAGUAAUAAUCGAGACGGAUAAUGAAGUUCAAGUCAAAAUAUUUAAAACACGGGUUUCAAUUCUUGAAAAACUACACUUAUGCGAUAGCAUCAUCCGAUUUUACGGAAUAUCAAAAUUAGGUGACGAUGAUUAUAUGAUUUAUGGGUGGGCUGAACUACGUAGUUUAAAAGAAGUCUAUAAGAAUCAAGAUCUUUCUUUAAACGAUAAAGUUAGUAUUUCAUUGGAUAUAUGUAGAGGUUUGGUCUUCUUAAAUGCUACUGGGAUAUACCAUCAUGACAUUCGAUGUAAAAAUAUUCUGAUGACUUCUAAAUUAGAAGCAAAGAUUGCAAAUUUCUCAUUUUCAAGAGGAAUCUGUGAUGAUACUAUUAAAAAAAAUCCCGAGAGUUCUGUUAAUUGGAUGGCACCUGAAAAGAUGGAAGAAUAUCGACCUACAGUUAACACUAAAAAGUUCCAGUAUACUCCACCUUGGGAGCAUGAUCCAGAAUUACGAAUAGAAUUAGCUUCCUUACUGGAUGAAAUACAGAAUCUUUAUACUUGUAUAAAGAAUACUGAUAUCAAAUCUACGAAUAAGGUGUGCAGUUUCAAUUUAUCUACCGUCGAAGUGAUUCCACCCAUGGAGCAUGGGAUUGAGGCAUACAAGAAAAAGAACUAUAAGGAAGCGUUCGUCGUUUUCAAGGCUAAUUCCGAAUCGGGUAGCAGUGACGCAAAAUUUUGGAUUGGAGAACUAUAUUGGAAAGGAAAAUAUGUUGAAAAAAAUUUGGAUCAAGCGCUUAAAUAUUACAAAGAAGCAGCAGAUGAAGGUCAUACAAAGGCAAAGUUUCGAUAUGCAGUUUCGUUUCAUAACCUAUACUUUGAUAAUGAACCAAUGUUACUGGAAAACAGCCGUUUGAUUAUUGAUAAUUUAAGGGCUGCAGCUGCUGAUGGUCAUGAGGAAGCUCAAUAUAUGUUAGGAGAGAUACACCAGGAAGGAAAGUUCGGAACUAAAAUAGAUGAAAAAUUAGCAAAAAAUUAUUAUGAAAUGGCGGCAACAAAGAAUCAUAAGAAGGCUAUUGAGGCUUUGGGACAGAUUAAACAAGAAGAAGAAUAA